AUGUCGUCGUCAGCCUCUGCAGCCAAGGCCAUGAAGCUGGCCAAGCUGGGCAUUGAUGUGGACGAGCGCGACGUGUUUGAGACGCCCGACGUGGUGGCACAGGGCGAGGAGGAGGGUGGAGAGGGCGGAGGAGGUGGUGCGGUUGGUGGGGAGGACGAGGUGGACGUGCCCGAGGUGAACAGCGCCAAGUUGAGCUCGGCGCAGCAUACGGCCAAGCGGUUUGCGGACGUACCAGUGGGCGCGCUGGUGGAGGAGGACAUGUCCGACUCGGUGAGCCGGCGUGGGCGGCGGCGGCGGCGGGUGCCCGGCCCGCCGCACGAGCUCAACCCGCUGGUCGGCCUCAGCCGCUAUGAGAUCGGACCGACAGAGGCUGCGAGCCAGGCUUCUGGCCCGGCGGCGCUGCUGCUGCGGUACCACGCGGUGGCAGGUGAGCUUCAGGCGCUGGACAACGACGUGAACGCUCUGGCAGACGACAAGGAGGCGGUUGAGAGCCUGGCCGAAGAGGGCGUGUCACUGGCGACGAUGCAGAACGGGCUCAAAAGCCUCAAGUCGCAGCUGGACGAGCUGAGGACGUCGUCGACCGGUGCCCCGGUCCUGGACGAGGAUGCCGCGCUGCAGGCGACGCUGAAGUCGCAGCAGGCCGCCGCAGACACCCUGCUCGCCAAGCUCAAGAGCCUGCAGGCGGCUGGCGCGGCCGGUGCAAGCACCGGUGCCGACACCGAUGCGCCUGUCACCUACUCGCUCUACUACCGCCCGGAGCUGGCCCGGCUCAAGCAGGAGGCUACGCUCGGCGAGCUCUCGCGGAGGCUCUCGGAGCUUGAGCGCAUCGUCGGCCAGCCGCCCAAGGCCGAAGACGCCGCGUCGUCGGCCGCCAUCUCGUCCGACCUGGUCCAGGCCGUUGCCCGCCUCGACAAGCGGCUCACGCUGCUCGACGACGACGAGUUGACCAAGAUGCAGCGCAAGCUCGCGGGCCUUGCCGCCCAGCUCGACGAGGUGCUGGACAAGGCCUCGGCUGCCGAGUCGGCACACGGCUUUGAGGCCAAGCUUGACACGGUCUACACCGCCGUCGAAAAGUGGGACGCUAUGGCCGACGUCGUGCCGGCGGUUGUCGAGCGUCUCCGCACCUUGGCCGCCCUCCACGAGGACGCCGCCAACUUUGGCUCCCGCCUCGAGGCCCUUUCGUCGGCCCACACCGAGCUGACCUCGUCGCUCUCCGCCAACGCCUCCCUCCUCCGCACCGUCCAAGACAACAUGGCCGCCAACAUGGCGACCAUCGCCGACAACGUCUCUUCCAUCGAGGCUCGUAUUGCCGCUCUGUCGUAG